ACGGAGCGCACUGAGUUCAGUCGGUCCAAGGAGCACGCCCCGGGCAGUCGCUAAUUAAAUUUGGAAAAAAAUAUUUACAACUCCGUAAAAGAGAUUAUAAGUUUUCCAAAGUUCAUAGUUGCGGCAUGUUCAAAGUGUCGCAGGAGAUGCGUUUGAAUACGCAGGCCGCCGCCUCCUCCGCCUCCAAUUCGAGUGGGAGUGGCCUGGAGGGCAACAGUCCGGAGGAGGGCAGUAUUUUUGGACGCUACCAGAGAACACCCGACGCGGAUGCCUAUCCCUCAGAACUACCUCGGGUUUACGUGGCGCCAGAGUUGACCGACGCCGGCCGGGUGCAGUUGCUCCACUUUCCCAGCGGCGCAGUGAGGGUCGACAGCGCAGUGGGAUUCAUCAUCAAGCGGAACGGGGUCAAGGGAAAUUUCGAGGUGCGCGUCGAGGGUCCCAGCGGACAGCCCAUCCAUCCUGUUCAGCAGCAGCAGUUGGAUCCGGAGCGCUUUCAGAUCGAUUGCCAGCUAGCUGCCGGAGCGGGACUCUACAAGGUCCACAUCAAGUGCAAUUCCGUGACUUUACCCCGGUCACCAUUUAUCAUAGUCGCCAUAGCAGGAAUCCCUGAGUCCAUUGAAGGUAAAUCUGGCAAUACAUCAGUACCCAUCUUGGAUUCGGAUGUCAGCAAAAUUCACAGUCGUGGCUUGGGACUCACCCACAUCAGCUUGGUGGAGCGCAACGAGUUCACAGUGGACUGCAGCCAAGCGGGGAGCAACAUGCUGCUGGUUGGUGUCCUGGGGCAACGAGGUCCUUGCGAGGAAGUGAUGGUUAGGCACUUGGGUCGCAACAUCCACAAGGUUACUUACCGGGUGUGCGAUCCCGGAGACUACAUCCUUGUGGUCAAGUGGGGAGACCAACACAUUCCAGGAUCCCCUUUUAACCUUAGCGCGGAAUAGAAAAGAAACUAUUGUGUUCAUACAUGCCAUCUGACCUUGAUAAAAAGCUACAAUCACCCUUCCCGGGUAUCCUAAAUCGAAGCUUGGAGCAAUGCGCACUUUAAUGAUGAUUACAGAAACAUUAUGGGUACCACAACUAGGUUCUUUGUUGUUUUUUUUUCGUCGCUAAUGACGUUCGCAUUCGGGAGUUGAUGCUGUCUUCGCCCAACAACCUAAUGAUGAUGACCGGCAAAUACUGUGGGUAACAAAUAGUAAUGUCUGCAGCUGGGGUAGAUUUCUUAGUAGUCAAAUAUCUAAGAAUAAACAUCUAUGUAAAUUACUUUAUUCUCCUCAAAGAA